AUGACAUCUAUUGAAACACAUAUCAUAAUACAAGCACCCAUUGAAGAAGUAACAUCUAUAUUUUUCAAUUAUCAAUCAUAUCAAGAAUGGAAUCCAUUUUUAGUAAAAUUUCAAAAAUAUACAAAUAAAUCAGAUCCAACAUUAAAUGUAGGAGAUGAAUUACAAAUAGACUUAAAAUUAAAAGGAAUGAGUCAUACAAGUACAAUGUACCCCAAGGUAUUACAAUCUUCAGAUACUAUAUUAGAAUGGAAAGGUGAUCUUUUAUAUGAUUGGAUUUUUCAUGGUUUUCAUAAAUUUGAAUUUAAAUCUAUUGAUAAUAAUAAAAGAACUGUUGUUAGUCAAUCUGAAAAGUUUGGUGGGAUUUUAGUAUAUGUUUUUAAAAUAUUAGGAUUAUACAGAAAGACUCAAGAAUCUUUUAUUGAAUUUAAUGAAGCAUUGAAAGAUCAAGUUGAAAAAUCUAUAAACAAAUAG